UCUUAAAACGCGCCGUAAAAUCCCUGUUCAAAAGAAUCACAGCGCGAUCCCUAACCUAAACCCUAACGUCUCUACCUCAAACCCUCAUAAACCCUAGAAAGUCCAUUUUUGAUUAUUUGAUCCUUCACUCUCUAUAUUUUAUAACUGUUGCGCAUAAAUCAGAAGCCGCAACCAUCUUGUGCAAGUAAGAGUACUCUGCAAGCAAGGAGAGCACAUUUUUUUUUGAGGCAGUUUACGAUGGAGUUUUGGGGAGUUGAAGUGAAGUCUGGGCAGCCUUUGGCUUGCAGUCCCGGAGAAGAUAAAUAUAUUCAUUUAUCUCAGGUAGCAAUUGGGGAAGGGUCAAAAUCAGAUGAAAGAGUUGCGGUUUAUAUUCAUGUUGAUGGUAAGAAAAUCAUGAUUGGAAGUUGUGUGCGUGGAAGUUGUGAACAGUUUGGGUUGGAUUUAGUAUUUGAAAAAGAUUUCAAGAUCUCCCAUACUUCAAAGUCUGCUAGUGUUUUCUGUUGUGGAUAUACGACAUUUAUUCAGGAGGAAGAUGAAUUUGGAAGCCUAAAUGGAGAAGAUGAAGAUGAUGAUGAAUCGGAAUCAGAUGAUGAAAUGCCACAAUCUGUUAUAACUGCAAAAGAGAAUGGAGGCAAACAACCUGCAAAAGCUGAGAAGGUUGAAAAGUCUGAAUCGAAGUCUGUAGCUAUGCCAGGGAAAUCCAAUAAAGAAGGGACGAAAGUGAAGCCAGAGAAACCAAAGCAACCAGCCCAAGCACCUGAGGAUGACGAUGAUUUUGAUGAUGAUGAAUCUGAUGAUGAGGAUAUGGAAGAUAUUAGUGGAAGUGAAGAUGAUGAUGAUGAUGAAGAUGAAGACAGUGAUGAGGAUGAGGAAGACGAGUCUGAUGAGGAAACUCCAAAGGCACCCGCUGGAAAGAAGAGACCUAUGCCAGAUUCAGCUGCUAAGAUACCAGUAUCUGAUAAGAAGGCCAAGUUUGCUACACCUGAAGGUCAUAAACCAGACAAGGUAGCUGCUCGAGAGUAUUGGGAAAGUCUGAUCCUUGCAGGGAAGGGGAAGGAAGGUGAUAACAAGAAAAAUGUGCAUGUUGCAACUCCUCAUCCAGGAGCAAAGAAAGGUGACAAAAAGGGCAAAGAGACUCCUGGAGGUCCUAAGCAGCAGCAGACACCUGCAUCAAAAGAGACUCCAAAAUCAAAUGCUUCUACACCUGCAUCAGCAAAAAAGUUUAGCUGCCAACCAUGUCAGAGGUCAUUCGUCUCAGAAGGUGCACUGAACAAUCACAAUUCUGCAAAGCAUGGUGCUACUUCUUGAUUUCUAAAUAUGUGAAGUUGGAAGAUGUGCAUGUUCUGAAACGGGGUACCCACUAUAUUGAGUGAAGAUUCUAGUUUGGCAGGUGAAUAGCAGAUGUUGUCAGUCUUUUGGAGUGUUGUUUAGUACAGUGUUAUUUCUGUGGCUAUUGUGCGAGUUGAACACUUGGCCAUUUUGUGGAAGCAACUAAUUAUCUUGGAUCUUUCUAGGAUAGCCAUUGUUUGACUGUAUUAUUCUCUCUCUAGAGCCCCUGACCAUUCUGCUGCUAUUCUGUUUUGACUGUUCAGUAAACUGAGUGAGGUUACAUUUUUGUACGAACAUUUAUGCCACUUCAUGGCUGUGAAGUUGGCUCUCAAUCAAGGUCAUUACUUGAGCAUAAUAUUGGUCUAGAUCGAGUAUUUAAAUGGAUGUUAUCAAAUGGAUUGAAGUUAAAAUUAUUAUUUCAAUGUUUAUCUUGUAAUUCUUUU